CCGCCGUCAGCGCGCUGGCAAAGUUUGGUGCCCAGAACGAGAACCUUCUCCCGAGCAUCUUGGUGCUUCUGCAGAGGUGCAUGAUGGACAGCGAUGACGAAGUUCGGGACAGAGCGACGUUCUACUUGAAUGUCCUGCAGCAGAGACAGAUAGCGCUGAAUGCUGCCUAUAUUUUUAACGGGUUGACUGUUUCUGUUCCUGGUUUGGAGAAAGCCCUGCACCAAUACACCCUGGAGCCUUCUGACAAACCUUUUGAUAUGAAGACAGUUCCGCUGGCCACCGCACCCAUCUUUGAACAGAAAGCAGAGAUUGCCCUCGUGACCAGCAAGCCUGAGAAAGUCGCUCCUUCGCGUCAGGAUAUAUUCCAAGAACAACUGGCAGCUAUUCCCGAGUUUAAGAGCUUGGGUCCCUUGUUCAAGUCUUCGGAACCAGUGCAGCUCACAGAAGCAGAAACGGAGUAUUUUGUUCGUUGUAUCAAACACGUGUUCACGCAUCACAUCGUUUUCCAGUUUGAUUGCACGAACACGUUAAAUGACCAGCUGUUAGAAAGAGUCACUGUGCAGAUGGAGCCCUCGGACGCUUACGACGUGAUCUGUUGCAUCCCAGCGCCCAGCCUGGCUUACAACCAGCCUGGCAUGUGUUACACCCUCGUCCACAUUCCCAAGGAUGACCCCACUGCAG